AUCAGAGUUACUACUCAUAGAAGCUGCAACCCAAACAUUGCUUCGGAAGACUGAGGGCGUAUAUAUUACUUUUUGUAUACGAAUAUUUUAAAGACCACGAAUGUUUCAGAACAAACUAUCGUCUAUGGCUUUUGUUUAACGUGGCAAGUCUCAAGAAACAAAAUGGCUUCCGCUGAAUACUUCCUCACAACCAAAUCUGCCGAAAUAUAAUUCUGGAAAGGGACUCAUACAAACGUCGUACUUGGGUAUCACACAGUUACCAAUCCUGAUAAGGAACUUCGUUUUCCUGCGACUAUGGUUACCGAAGUGCUCGCUGCACGAGCAGACCCAAACUGGUCCUACACGGAGACAUCAGAGAAGGACUGGCUGCUGGGCUUGGCCAAGUCCGAGGAUGGCAAAUCAUUCGUGGCGGAGCUGCGCCGCAAGAAGGGUGCCGUGGCAGAUGUGGCAUCACGACAGCUGCUGGUGGCUGAGGCACGCCUCCAGCGCGUCAAGUCCCCACCUUCUAUAUUGAGCAGAAUCUGGCAGACAUUGUUGGCAUGUAAGAUUUAUGUGGCAGUUGGUUGUGUCACUGCUUUUGUCUUGUGGUUGAUCGCCUUUGCUGGAGCCAUCACUGGGCUAAGAGCCUGCUGCUGUGACGGAAGCACCCAAACAACAGAGUGCUGUUGUAGCAGUCUGUUCAUGUCGUGUAAGCCUACACCAAAUGAACCAUUUCUAGUAUGCUUCUGAAUUUAAAAAAAAUUAUAUACAGUUGGACAAAUAAUGAAAUACUCUACAAUUUACAUUAAAUUAUUAUUUUGCAAUGAAAGAAUAAUACAUUGGGCAAAAAUAAAUUGAACAUAUGAAUGUCUGAAAAUGGCA